AGUCAUGUAAUGAAUAGUAUCUAUUAAUCCUCUAACCAAAAAAUAAAUAAAAUCCUUCAUGUUUUACAGAAUAUUGUAUGAAGAUAGUUUCAUUUUUUAAAAAGUUGAGGUUAAAAGCUGUUAAAUCAAUAUUUUAGCACCCAUAAACAGUGAAUGAGAGAGACACUUGUUUUAUCUAAUGGAGUCCAGAGUUGCUGUGUUAAUAGAUGUAGAGGUGAAUAUCUUGUGUUGACGUAUCACUUAGCAAAGCAAGACUUCUCAAUACUUAUAGCAGUAUGAUAUCAAAUAUAGAUCUUUCUCUGAUCAGCAGAAGUGAUUUAAUGUAGUUCUGGAAAUGAAGAUGUAUUUUGUAAAAUGCUUUGUUCGUUCUAAAAAAGGAUAAACAGCAGGAGAUGGAUCUAUUUGUUUGAACUAAGUACAAUAAUACUACUGGCUAUAUAUAUUUUUUUAAUUAACCAUGGACAGGUCAAGAAAUCUGAGGUAUAGAUAUCAUUUAUAAUUUAUAAUUUAAAAUUCAAUAAUUUUUAUAACUGUUAUAAGCAAGUUUAUUGUUAAAAAUGAUUCUAUGAUUUGAAUACGGGAAGUGAUGAUACUCUCUAUCUGUAGUCAAUGUUGUCACAUACAGGGUUCUCAUUAUGAAUUACUGUGGUUUCAUCAAUAUUCGUUUAAUACCAAUUUUCGUGGAUUUCAUUGUCAAGUUGAUCCACGAAAUUAAAUGUUUAUUGAAGUUCAAUUUCAACUAACAUUUUGUAUUGAUAGGAUCAAUGGCCACGAAAUUACGUAUCCUUGAAACUGUGGUUUUCAGAAAAUCCACGAAAAUUGAUACCCACGAAAAUUAAUGAAACCACAGUAGUUGUACAGCGGUUUCAUUAUCUUCAGAAGUGUGUUUUGACGUAAAUCACAGUCCCUGUGACUAAUGGACUCAUUGAUUUCUGUAGAUCACCAAUGUUAGAAUACUGUACAGUAGUAGAAAGUGAUUGGUUAGUUAGUAGGCUAUUGACUUUCACUGUGGAAGUUUUCACUCACGGAAUUUAAAGAUUCUGGAGAGGUUUUUUUUCCCCCCAAUUAACAAUGAUAACCCAACAUCAGGCCAAAAUGUGGAUGCUGUCACAAAGACAAAAGUAUGCUUUUGAAUUGAACUCAUUGUCUGAAGAGUGCAGCAAUGAAAUAAAAUACAGAGAUGUACCACGGCAAAGGCUGUAUGGAUGUUCAUUUGAUUACAGUGAAGAAGAUGAACUGGAUUCUAUUUGGCAGAACAAAUUUGGAUUAGACAUGUCCAGUUCAAGUAGUGCAGGAACUGGCCCACCCUCUCUGUCUAGUGGCUACACAGUGAAUUCAGGAAGACAGACUCCAGAGCAACCUCUGUCUGAGUCCAGAACCACGUCUGUCUCUAGUAUACGCAGCGAGUUAUCUGAGCUAACUACAAGCCCAGCAGCCUCUCCCCAGAUCAGGCUUCAUAACCCUUUUCUGGAAAAACUACUGGUGGAUUCAGCUACCUUACAGGGCAUGAAUUUGAUGACUGCAGAUCAAGACCGUCAUUGGAAAAGACAGGUAGAGAUGAACAAAAACUACAAUAAAAAGUCUUCAAAACUUCGGGAUCUGGUUUUACCUGAGGAAGAACAGGAGCAGUAUCCAUUUGCCAAACACACUUUUAACAAGAAGCCAGAAAUCAUUAGCAGUAGUUCAGAGAUUUCUAGUGGUUCCAGGGAUUCAAGUCUUAGCCCACUUGAUUCUCUGAAUUUUACUAGGAAUAAUGAUUAUCUGAGACAUGGAUCCACAGCUAGCUCACAGUUGAGUGAGGAUUUUUCAAGCACUGAGACUGGUACAGGUACCAGCAGUUGUUCCUUUAACACAAGCUUUUCUUCCAGACAGUCCACUGCAAGUAACUAUCCUCCAUCCCCAGAUGUAUGUCACACAAGCCCUGCGUUUCCACAAUCAUUUCAACCAUACAAUAUGCCAAAUCCUAGAAUGUUUUCCCAAUAUUCUUUUAAUGAACCAGACCAGAUUUUGUAUAAUCUUGGAUUUGGGAACAGACCAGAAACAUAUCUUCCUGAGAGAUUUGCUCAAGAUUGGUACAAAAAAAUUCAGCAGACAAAUAUUAACCAAGCCCAGCAACAAACAGAGAGACCUUUUAUGGAACCCCACAUUUACGAAUGUAUGGGAGUGUCAUCACCUAAACAGGCAGUCCCACAGUUUAAAAGUCAGCAUGAUAGUCAGAGUACUGCUGCAAAAGCUAAAAGGGAGCACAGGAAAAUGCAGCAAUUUUCUGUGCAGGCAAAAGAAAAUUCAAGUACAAAAAUAUCUGGUGAACAGUUAAGUGUGAGUAAAUUGUUUGACCUUUUAAAAAGGGAAAACCAGCACUUUUUUAAAGAAUACAACUCCUUUAGUACAAAAGAUUUGAGAAGAAAACAGUUUGCCAGUCAUCGUCAAAAGUCAUUACCAACUUAUUUGGAGACUUUAAAUGAAGAAGAUGAAGGUCGUACCAAAUGUGGCCUUAAAAAGUCAAGCAAAAUGGAAAGAGUUUUAGAAACCGAAAGCAGUUCUUCUGAAGAAAAGUCUUAUAAUGUAUCAAUGGAAAUCAAUUCCGAUGUGAGUGAUUCAGGGAGCAGCAACCUGGAACUUCAGGAGAACAAUAUGAAUGACCAGUUGCAGAAGAAACAUAUUGUACCAAGCAUUUUAAUCUGUCAGAGUCCAGUGAGAGACACUUUUGAAUCCAAAGACAGUUUAGAAGUAGCUAAUAUUCUGUCAACAAGUGAAGAGGACAAAAACAUGAGACAGAACAGUUAUAGGACAGAAGUUCAUCUAGAACCAGCCAUGCUCUCAAUGGUGCUACAGGAUGCUGAAAGUACCAGGUCCAACCAACUGUUAACAGUUAUGAGACCCAAUGGAAAUGGAGAGUAUUCAGACGACAGACUUCAUCCGACCUCACCAUCUUCAGCCUCUUCUAUCUCACCUUGUCCUCUCUCUCCAGUAACCGUCAUUGAAGUGAAUUUAGACAAUCAGAAUGACAGUAUUGACACAGAGGAAGGAGUUAACUCGAAUCACAGCAGGGACAACUCAUUGGACAAAGAGAGUAGCUCAGGGGACAACCAACCAACAUUGUCACUUACAGCUGGGAAGCAACAGAAAGGAAAAUUAGCAGGAGCAGUUUCUUCAUUAGCAAAUUACUCAAACUCUCCUGUCACAAAUGAACUGAAUUCAGUAAAGUCUGUGUUACCCUCUUCACAUGAGUCCUCUAUGCAACCCUCUUCUAAAAUGUGUGAGGCUUUCGUUCAAACAGAGGACAAAAGCUUAUCACCCUUGCUCAGUUUAAAAGACUUGGAUGGUCUACUGAAACAAAUCACCAAUGGUGAAAAUGAAUACUUCUAUGUUGCAGAAGACAAAGAAAUUCAAUGUGAUUUGAUCAAAGACAGACAAUACACAGAUACCUUAACUGAAAGCAAUGAAGACACCUUGGAACUGUCUUCUGUUGCUCAAACUGACAGAAUCUUGGAUGAUUCUGGAUCUAUCACAGGGAGCUUUUUUGAGAUGCCUAACAUUGACAGCAUUCCAGACACCAGCUGUGUGAGUGUUGAGGUUCAGACAGACCAAGAUUAUGGCUGUUCUUGUGGCAGAAACAUAAAUAAGGGAGGGAAAAACAACUCCAAUUGCAAGUCAUUCUUGGGACUGUCUGAGGGGUCCUACAAUGUUAAAAAUGAAGCUAACUUCUCCAGGAUUUUUUCAGCAAGUUUCUGUGAUAGUAUUUCAGAUGAUGAGAUGAACAAAAGAGGUCAGGGCAGUUUUCUAUCUCCAGAAAGUUGUAAUUAUAGUCCAUUAGAAGUCACUCUUGAUCGACUAGAAAGUAAAGCUCAGCACUGGAAAGCUAUGAUUUCUCAUAACCUUUAAUUGAAAAGACCAUCAUGGAUUUUAUUGAAAUGGUUUCUGUAAAAUGAUUUGCUGUAGGUGGAUAUAUACAGUUACAAUAGAGAAAUCAUUCUUAUUACAGAACAUAUUAGAUUACAAACACUUCCUGAAAAGACCAAUGACAUUAUUUUCAUAUAAAUAUUUUUUCCUUAUUUGGCUGACGUAAUGGAAGGCAUGUGUUGUUCUUUGGUCAGCAAUCAUUAUGAGUACAAAUAUCCAGUGGUUAGCCUUCAGUUGAUAGAACCUGUCCACAGUGAAGUCUUAAUAGUCCUAAGUAAUGAACUGGUUCUUUAGGACCCUGGUAACCAGAUUUGGAAGAAAACCUCAGUGGGAACAGCUCCUUAAUCUGUUGUUAGCCUGGGAGAGCUGUGAUUGAUCCCUCUACUUUUAUCUUAAUGUGCUGGACAGAUCUGUGUUUUUCAUCGUUGUUAGUUGAUACCUGUGAAAUGUCCACAUGGCAUAUAAACUUUAUUUGAUUUGUCAACAUUUUAAAUUUUCAAACUGAACUGUUUCUGUCUAAUUUUUUUUUUAGUCUUAGUAUAGUUAGUUGAAGAUUGAUGUAAAGUCUGCAUGAGAAUAAAAUUAGUUAUUCAGGUCUAAUCAGGAGUAUACAAAGUUUUAUCAUGCGGGUGUACAUUUAUUUCAUUGGACCUGAGGUCAAAGGGUGGACAAAAUACAAUCAAGGGCAUGCCCUGUACACCAAAGUUAGACCUGGGAAACUAGUAUUUCUUGUGUUACAUGUACCUACAUUAUUGGUAGGAAUGAGUUUUACAGCCUAAAUGUUUGGUGAUAUUAUGUUUAAAAGAGUUGUAUAAAUGCUUGGAACUGAGGAUAUCAGAUAUCACUCAGUAGUGGCGAUAAAUUUAUUUCUGUCAGUGCAUGUAUUAUAUGUCAGCAUUUAGUCAACAUAUUUCAGGAAUAUUUAAGACUGGAUCUUAUAUAAGAGACAUAUUUGAUAUGUUUAUGUGUGUAUUAAAUUUUUGUUAUAUAUAUAUCUCACUUCUGUCUUUGUUGCCCUGUGAUUUUUUUAAAUGAUAUUUUUUACGUUUUUAUAAAGAAAGAUUUAGGAAAUUAUAUCCUUAUACGUCACAAUGAAAAUCACAAUAUGUAUGAACUUUAUUAAACAUGAUUGCCUGUUUUUCUGAUUUUUGGAAUGUCAUGACAAGUACAUUUGUGUGAAAAAUAAAUUUUUCAGAAUGUAUGUUUGGUUUCAUAUAUACUAAUUUAGACAGUUUUCCCCCUCAUAUAUAUGUAUAGCAAUGUUUUUCUCCCAUUUAUUCUACUUUUGCUAGUUUAUUAUUACCAGAGUUUUAUAGAUUUUAAUUGAAAGGGGUCUGAGUGGGGCUCACAGGCUUGCAUCAAAUGUCAGCAAUUUAUUCCUGUGUAUAUUAUGGUACAAAAUUGUAACACAGAAAUAGAUACCUCAUUUUUUUUGUUAUUAACAAUCUUUCUACAGAAUAUAGGUAAUACAGGUAAUUGUUUCUUAUUUUAUCGUGGCUAUUGUGUAUUUUUAUCCUGUAAUGAACGCUGGUUUAGUUCUUAGUGUUAGUAUUUCUAUCAUAUAUCCCUUUGAUGACGCGGCACAAGUUAGAAUGAUAAAUUACUUUGUAAUUAAACAGUUAUUAGACUAAUUAACAUUAAACAUGGAAGAAAAUAAUUUUUCAAAACUAGAUUGUGAUCAUUGAGACAAAGAAUUAGAGAUCUGAGGAUUCUUGCAGUGUGCUAUCAGUUCUCAUGGCUGAACAGUGUCGAAUAGUAACCAUGAUGAAAAAACA